AUGAGCGAUCUGAUCGAGUCCCUGGACAAUCAAGGCCCAGCCCGUCGCCGGAUCCUGGCGGCCAACUGGAAGAUGCACAAGUUGCGUGGUGAAGCCGAGGAGUUCUGCCGUCAGCUGGUGGCCGGCCUUGGCGGAUCGCCGGUCGAGGUGCUGAUCUUCCCCUCCGCGACCUUGUUGCAGACCGUUUCGCGGGCGCUCGACGACGGGCCUGCCCAAUGUGGUGGGCAGGCGAUUCACUCGGCGGCGCAAGGUGCCCAUACGGGCGACCUGUCGGCGGCCCAGUUGGUGGAUGUUGCCUGCAGCUGGGUCUUGUGCGGCCACAGCGAGCGUCGCCGCGACCAUGGCGAGGAGGACUCGCAGGUGGCGGAUCAAGCGCGGGCGGCGGCAUCCGCUGGCUUGUGCCCGAUGGUGUGUGUCGGCGAAACCUCUGAGGAGCGCCACGCGGGUCGGACUUUGGAGGUGCUCGAUCGGCAGCUCGAGGAUUUGCUGGCCGAUCCGCCGGCUCGAUUCGAGCUCGCUUAUGAACCGGUCUGGGCCAUUGGUACGGGCGAAACCGCCACCCCGGAGGUUGCUCAGCAGGCCCACGCCUUUUUGCGCCGUCGCUUGGGCGAGCGCCUCGGCGGCGAACGCGCCGCGGCCGUUCGUCUGCUGUAUGGAGGCUCGGCUAACCCGGCGAAUGUCGCCGAGCUGAUCGCCGAGCCGGAUAUCGAUGGCUUUCUGGUGGGUGGAGCGGGCCUUGACGUGGAGAAAUUCCUAGAUAUGAUUGGCCGCUGCGCUUAA